AUGGAAAAACGUUGUCUGGUUCUUGAUUUUGACUCCGGUUCUGGAGUUGUUAGAUGUUUCAAUAGAGAAAAUCACAAGUUUAUUCAUGUGAAAAUUGGAAAUGGAGAGAGUUCAAAUGAGAACCAUCUCACAUUCGAUAGACAGUUUGGAUACGCUGAUUGGUAUGGAUUCGUGGACUGUUCUGAAGUUCCUACCGAUCCAUCAUGUUCUGCAUUUAAAACUGAUAUCACUGUUAAUGACUCGGAAUGCAAAGAUAAUAAAAUAUUCAAAGUGGUUAACAUAAAAGUUAAGAUAGAUCCAAGAUAUUAUCGAGAGGAAUAUGAUUUGUUGAUGAAGAAAAUGGAAGAAGAAGAAGAGAAACUUCUGGAAAAAACAAGACAAUUGAAUCCUGAAAGACCAUCAAGAAGUGUUGACGCACAACGUGCUCAGAAUAAGAUACCAUCAAUGCAUAAUAAGAAAUCAAGGUCUCGGAGUAGAAGCUUAAAAAUUAGAGCAGUAGAGCAUGAUUCCGGUCCUCCAAUCAACAUCUCAGAAGGACUUUCAUUUAUGAAUAUUUCUGGACCAGUUCCCCCAAUGCAGUCUUUAUUUGAGACGAGUUCAUCUGCAAACACUUUCAGUCACUCUCCAGUUCCUCCUCCACUCAGUUCUCUUCCACCUGCGCCUCAAUUCGUCGUGCAUGGAUUGGUAAUUCAAAAAGAAGCGGAUAAUUGUUUCAUUGUAUGGUUGUUUGCUACCAAACAAAUUGCUUAUUUGCCAAUAUCAACUCAAAGAUAUGUUAUUGUUGGAACAUGUUAUGAAUUCCGUGUAAUAUCCAAAAAUGAUGGAUCUGCAUGUGAAAUAACGAAUGUCGGAAAACGUCUAGAAAUGAAACCUUCAUUCGAGAUUCAUCAGAUGAUGGAUAAAAUAGUGGUUGGAAUCCACGUGGAUCUCUGUUGUCCUAAUACAAGAUGUCAAUUAUGGUCCUUUUAUAUGGGAAUCCCAUUCUUCAACUCUCCAGAUGUUGGAAUAGUUACUAUGGCUGAUUAUUUGGAUACACCUAUUGGAUUACAUGUACAAUGGCAGGAAACGCUGAGAUUAUAUCUGGGAGAUCCACGUGCUAAAAAUAUGCAAUGUAUUUGUCAAUUAGUGAAACAAAAACUGCCACAAAAGUUGCACAAUUCUUUCAUAUCCGAUGAUUUCGUUAGUUCUUCAAGAUAUAUUUGGCAGAUUGUGGAAGUUUGUUCAUCGGAACAACAUCAUCAAAUAAGAGAAGCCCAGUUGAAACGUGAGAAUCUUGGAUCGAAUGGGGGUGAAUUUGAACAAGAAGACGAAAUUGCAAGGCAGAAACGAAAUAAUCGCCCUUCUGUUCGUUUUGAAUUAUAG